UCUUGUUUUUCAUUCUAUCUUUAUCGCUCGUUAUACGUGGAAGGGAGACAGAAUGAAGCUUGUAGCGCGUCGUCCGAAUGGAACGCGACUGUCAUCAACUGUCAUCAGAACACAUGUGAUAUAUCACGGAAUUUCUGCACACGUUGAACGAGAAAACAUGUGGCUUUUUCAUUUUUCUGUUCACGCCAAAUGAUUCAAAUGACCAGGCUGGAAAUUAAUAUUAAGCGACUUCUAACGCGUUGCGAAUUAAUAGCGAAAGAUGAUCCGCAUAAAGAUUGGAAGCUCGAGAAGUAUAUACUUUCUCUGGAUGAUAUGAUGAAUGAGUUGCAAACUCUACCAAAUAAACCAUCUAAGGAUACCAUGAUGGGCUACACUAAACGGAUAGAUUUUCUAAAAGGAGUAAUAAAUGCAAUGAAGCUGUCAAACCCUGUGGAGAGAGUGGUCGCUGCACAAUUGCUAUCAAAAAAUUCAGCAUCUAUUAAUAAUUCAGCAAGUACAAAUAUCACAACGCAAAUACAUCAGAAGACUGUUGCCAAGUACAAUCAGGAAUUACGGGUGGAAUUAUUUCACAGUAACAAAGUCUCAUUAUGUAUUACAGAUGCAAAUAAGGAUGGUGUACGACAGAGAUUGUUGAACUCUAAUAUUCAGGAUGAAGACCUGGAUGCUAUUUUGAAAUAUAAUCGUAAUAUCCAGGAGAAGAUUGCUGAAAAUAUGCUCUCCAUGACUGGCACUAUGAAGGAACAUGCAUUAGCAGCGAGUGCUAUCAUAAAAAAAGAUAUCGGCAAACUGGAAAUGUCUGAUAAAUUGACUGAUGUAAAUGCUAUUAAAUUAAAGAAAGAAUCACUGAAGUUGGAAGAGCACACUAAAUCAAAAUGGAGGUGUUGGGUAUGGAUUAUGAUAGCUUUCGUUCUGGUUGUAUUUUUCAACAUGGUGUUAUUUAUGAAGAUGGCAAGGAAAAAGAUUUAGAUAAUUUCUAUCAAAAUUGGGGUGUGUCAACUACAACUGAAAUAUGUAGCUGCGCGUUACUGUGAAUAUGACUAUGUGAGUCAUUGGAUUGAUAUGAUGAUAGAAUUACACAGCCAUGAGUGUACUUGUAAAAACACCUGCAUCUCCUAAAAUCAUUUGGAAACCUGGUAAAUAUAUCAUAGAAUAGCGAUAUAUUGGUUUAUAACUUUAUCCAGCGCUGCAAUAUCUAAUUUACGAUCUUAUUAUGCACAAUUUAAUAACAAUAUUUAAGUACAUAUUGUAUAAUUAUUGAAUCAUUAUUGUUUCCAUUGAGUGAUUGUAUAUAAUAGAAGAAACUUAACUAUAUAUAUGUAUGUAUAUCAUGUAUUAUAUAGAUUGUUAUUUUAUGUUAAAAUUAU